ACCAAUUAAUUUUCUUUCUUUUUUUGCUUUCUCAAUCUAAAUUUGAUUUACUUCAUUUAUACAAUCUAUUUUUAUGUCGACGCCUACCAAAGAUGAAUUCGAGCAUGUAGCUGAGGCCAGCGUGGUUAACCCAAUUAGCGCCGACUCAUUCAGCGACGAAGAGGUUGUUGCCGUCAAGAAGUCCUCCAAGAAGAAGAAGAGCAAGGCCGUUACUAUUGAUGAGGAUCUGAACAACUUUGGUGCCGACGAGGACUUCUUCAGCGGCAAGCCCGGAUCUGCCCAUGAUCCGUUUGCCGAGGAGAAGAAGGACGAGGUUGAGGAGUUCAAGAUUCACAUCCGCAUUCAGCAGCGUAAUGGCCGGAAGACUGUGACCACCAUGCAGGGCCUGCCCGAGAUCUUUGACCACAAGAAGCUGGUCAAGUAUUUCAAGGGUCAGUUCGCCUGCAUCGGCACUGUUGUCGCCGAUGAGGAGCACGGCAGCAUUAUCCAGCUGUCCGGCGACCACCGCAUCCCCCUGAAGGAGUUCCUCAUUUCCGAGGGCAUUGCCAACAAGAACAACAUCAAGGUCCACGGUUUCUAGAGCGUGUCUAUGUGCUUCACUCAUUUAUUGUCUCUUUUUCAAUACAUAC